GUUUUCCUUAAAAGUUGUUCUUUAAAUGUAAAGAAUGUUGGCAAAAAAUAAAAAUUUUCGUGAAAAUUGCUGUAAUGAGUCGGAAAUGGAAGAUGAGUUUAUCAAGGAAAUGUCCUUUGAGUCGUUAGGAUUUGAAGUAAAAAGUUUCCCAAAGAAUUUUGCAUGCGUUAAUUAUCCAACAUUUAUUCUUUGCAUUGAGAAAUUCAUCCAGAAAUUCAAAUUUUGUGAUACAGUCAUAGCUAUAGGAAAGGAGAGAUUUAAUUGCCAUUUUAUAGUCAUCAAAUGUUUCUCUAAACAUUUCGAGAAAUUCGAAAAGAAUACGACUUUAAUAGAACUUCCCACUGAUCAAGUUACGCCCAAGGCAUUUUGUGAGAUUUACGAAUGGAUGUUGGCAAGUGAAAAUCACAUAAAAAGGGAAAGUUUCGCAGAAGUCUUUAAAGCAGUCAGAUUCUUACAAAUCGACAAAUUACUACAACAUUUAAUGAUGAUAGUCGACGAUCAGCACAUCAUAAGUGAACGAGAAGCUAUUUCAAUAUUUCUUGAAGCUAAACGGGUCAAUGCAAAGUGCCUUCAAUCAUUCAUGGUCGGGAAAGUUUCAAAAAUCUUUUUAACAUUUGUAGCAUCAAAGGAAUUUCUCGAAUGUACACUGGACGAAGCACUAGAAUUUUUCAAAUCAAACCGAAUAGCUAUAAAUUCAGAAGUUGACAUGAUAUUUACAGCCAUACGAUGGUUGCUGUAUAAAUGGCCGAGACGUAAAAACAACAUUAAGGAGAUACUAAAGAAAAUAAAAUUCGAAUUGAUUGUUCCGUGGCAGCUGGUGGAAUUUAAAAAAUAUCCUCAACAACUGGGACAAAUAUUUCAUCCAAUUGAAAUUCAGACUGCAAUCGAUGAAGCUUUAUCGUAUCAAUCAACGCGACAUAUUCAGACAUUUGAGGAACAUUCAAGCGAACGACUGAUUGUUUCACGAAGAAUCAUCGACGAUCCACUUUGGAAAGAAUUUGAGUUUGAGAGGAACUCAAAUGUGCAUGUUGGAUAUAAUAGUUUUAGACAAUACCUAAAGAAACUCAAUGCUUUUCACUGGACUCGAAUUGAAUGCAGAGACAAUAAUAAAAUUUUGAAUCCUUAGUCACUAGCCAAAU